AUGGUUGAUUUGGAACAAGAAUUUGCGCUCGGCGGACGCUGCCUGGCGUUCCAUGGUCCUCUAAUGUAUGAGGCCAAGAUUUUGAAAAUAUGGGAUCCAUCUUCUCAAACUUAUACAGGUGUUCCUAAUGACAAGCCGGGGUUCAACUCGCAAACAAUAAAGGAGACACAACCACAGAAGUUGGGGGAGGACGAAAGCAUUCCAGAGGAAAUCAUCAACGGAAAGUGUUUUUUCAUACAUUACCAAGGGUGGAAGUCUAGUUGGGACGAGUGGGUUGGGUAUGAUAGGAUACGGGCCUAUAACGAGGAAAACAUCGCAAUGAAGAAAAGACUAGCCAGCGAGGCAAAGGAAGCAAAGAAAUCGCUUCUCGAGCAGCAGAAAAAGAAGAAAACUUCUACUAGUUUGGGCGGAUCCGGCAGUGGUGGGAAAAGGAAAGGUGAUGGCCGUGCAAAUGCCGGUAUAAGCAAGAGUGUGUCGCAAAGUUCGUUAGCGUCCUCCAUGAGUGGAAAGAAAAGUGGAAGAAGCUCUGCUAAUUCCCUUCAUCCAGGAAGUUCUUUGCGCUCAUCGUCGGAUCAAAACGGACACGAUGAUCGCAGACGGUCCUCUUCACUGUCGCCAAACAUGCUACAUCAUAUGGCUGGCUAUCCGAUCCUAAAGACCCCCUUGCGAAUUCCAAUAAAGCUGAAAAGCGUGUUGGUUGACGAUUGGGAGUAUGUAACGAAGGAUAAAAAAAUCUGCAAACUGCCUGCUGAUGUGACGGUGGAACAGCUAUUAAAUAAGUACGAGCAUGAAGUAAGUCAAGAACUAGAGUCGCCGGGAUCGCAAUCGCAGCUGAGCGAAUAUUGUGCUGGCCUUAAGUUGUACUUCGAUAAAUGCCUGGGUAAUAUGCUCCUAUAUAGAUUAGAAAGGUUGCAAUAUGACGAGAUCCUCAAAAAGUCAACCAAGGACCAGAAGCCAUUAAUACCUAUCAAAGUUUAUGGGCCCAUCCAUCUGUUGAGGCUGACAAGUGUCCUACCAGAACUAAUAUCAUCUACUACGAUGGAUUUACAAAGCUGUCAACUUUUGAUUAAGCAAACUGAAAACUUUUUGGUUUGGUUACUAAUGCAUAUGGACGAAUAUUUCAACGACAAAGAUCCCAACCGCAGUGACGAUGCUCUAUACGUAAAUACAUCUAGCCAGUACGAGGGUGUAGCUUUAGGUAUGUGA